AUGGACUCUCUUGCCACUAAAACUAAACGAGUGAAGGUUCUCUCAGUUAAGCUCAAAAAUGCUGAGAAAAAGGUUCAAGAUUUUCUUACUGACAAGGCUAUAACAAAAAUUUGUAUAUCUGAUAUUAGAAGCUUUCUCUCGGAUGUCAUUGAAACAAGAGACUCCAUGAUCACCAUCUCUAUCCGGAAGCAUCUAAAUGAGAAUUUGAGGCUGGUUUUCGCAAUGCUUCACAAAUUGCAGGGUUUUUUGGAUCAAACCUUUGUUCUAAAACAAAUGGGAGAAGGUGGGUCAACUGUUAUGACAAGAAAACAAGGUCCUAAAGCUCCAACCAAGCUAGUUGUCUAA